UGGCGUCAGAGGAGAUGAUGCGGGAGAGUGAUGCGGGAGAGGGGGUGGGAGCAGAGUCUGCUGUGGCCAAUCAGAAGACAGGAGUGCUGCACUCGCUACGGGCCAGCCUGCGCCUCCCAAACACACACACACCUCCUGCCUCGCCAGCGUUUAGCCUGGCGUCUCCUCUGAGUGUGAAGUUCCAGAGAAGAGGCUCAGGAGACAGCAGGAGCCUCAAGCACUUUACUAUAGCAGAGUCCUCGGUGGCACUGGGAGAUCGCCUGUUGAAGAAAGGGGCGUCGCUCAGACGAAGCCUCCGCCUCCGCACCAGCAAGAGACACACCUCCGAGACCCCCUCCACCAAUGAGGAGCGUCCUCCCCUGCUGAGCCUCACGGAGGCCGACCAAUCAGGCGACGGCAGCAGCAGGACAGAGGUCACCAAGAGGUCAGCCGUCAGAGAGUCCUACAUCCUCCCAGAGAUCCCACACACACCCCUCUCAGUCAUGCAGAUCCAUAAGUUGAUAGAGUGUGAGGUGUUGGAGGAGGCCCAUCUGAACUUGCUGUCUCUGCGCGAGGAGUUUAUUCGUCAGCAGGGGGAGCUAGAGAAGCUGCAGCGGCAGCAGGCGGACAGGAGCAGCUCCAGCUCACCUGAGACACACCUGGCCAGGGAGAGGGCCAUCUCACCUGAGAAGCACCUAGAGCAGGACCCGUCUCACCCACAGCAGCCCGUAUCACCUGAGGAGAUGACCUCGAUUCAGAGGGAGCUGAGUCACCUCCAGAAGGACCUGCAGCUGCUGUACAGGGCUCUGCGGGACAAGAUGGCGGCCAUCGUGCGGGAGUCGAGCGCGCUGCCAGCCCGCAACAAGGAGCUGCUGGUGGGGGUGUGUCGCGUGGUGCAGGAGGAGGAGCGUCGGGAGCGGGGGGGCCAGGCGGGGGGGCUGGGGGGGUGGAGGGAGGCCUGGAGGGAGGCCGUCACCUGCGGCGUCCGCCAGCAGCUGGCCGCCGUGCACCUGGACACACCUGAGCACAACACUUCCUGGUUGGCCGUGCACCUCGGCCUUCUGGGUAAAGCCAUCGUAGAGCACCUGGAGAGGGUGAAGGCGGAGCUACAGGACUCAUACCCGCCCACUUUUCGCGUCUUCGAUACCUAUGUCACUUCCUGUCAUGUGGCUACAGAGGAACACCUGCAAAGGCUUAUGGGAAGGGUCACGCAGCUGAAGGACCUCCACGCUCUCCUGGACUUCAUCACACACCGAUACAAAAGUGAGCGGAUCAUGGGCAGUUUCUCUCUGCGUCCAGAGAUGAAGGAGGAGCAGCGAGAGCUGAAACUACAGGAGGCCUUCAAUGCGGAUAUCAGGAAGGCCUACGCUACACACACGCAGGCUGAGCUGCGCAACACCCUGGAGCGUGUGUGUGUGUUGGAGAGAGAGGAGUGCUGGGAGGAACAGCUGCAGCCUCAAGUGGAGGACGGAAUACUACAGUCACACCUCACCAUGGAUAUCAGCACGAAUGUGAAGAGUUAUGUGGUAAAUGCGCGGCGCAUUGAUGCUGAUCUGGAGCAGAGAGUCACACACACCUGCCUGGCAGAGCUCACACACUUCCCACGCAGGCUAGAGAGUGAGUUUCUUCAGUGGAGUUCAUCUCUUCUGGACAGCAGGAUGUGGGUGGACUACAGCAUCACCUACAUCAACACCUUUACACAGCUGAGGGAGCACAUGGAGGGCUACAGAGACAACAACCCACACCAGAUGAGCCAGCUGUGUAGAGAGCUGGAGUGGUCGGAGUCACGGCUGAGAGAAUCAAUACUGCAACACUUCCUGAUACAGGCAAAGCCCCUCUUGCGCAGGAUGUGUGGUGCUAAGUGGUUGUCGACUGAUGAGGAUUUCGACCAGCUCAUAAGCAGAAUUCAGGAGCUCAAAGAACACAACCAACAGCUGAUGACCCCCCAUGCACAGGAGCUGGCCACAGCGCUGCAUGUGUGUGUGUGUCGUGAGUAUUUGUGUGUGUUGAUGAGGGGGGGCUACAGGUGCAGCAAGAGGAAGCAACAGAGAGCCGCUACCAAAAUACACCACCAGGGGGAGACACUGAACACACUUCUCACGGACAUGGGCUCCACAGCUGACUGGCUCCGCCCACUCAGUGAGCAUCUGAGCCUUCUGAUUGGCCAGAAGGAGAAGAGUGACAUCAGAGACCAUCUGAAGCCCCUCCUACUGGACUUCCCCGACAUCAGUAAGCGUCAUGUAUCGGCCGUGCUGGUUUUCCGGGGAAUGUCGGGCGGUCGGGAAUUCCAGCGGAUCCUGUCUCGGCUCUCGGAGCUCAAGCGGGAACUCCGCAGUGUCGGGAAUGCCGAGGGAGGAGUGGAAUUCCAUUCUGGGAAUGUCGAAGGUGAUCAGCAGCAGGCUAGAGUGGAGUUCCGCACCACUGGGAAUAUCGACGAUCCCAGGAGAAACUUCUUCGCCAGCAUUCCCACCCCACCAACACACGCCUGCCUCACACACACACCCCUGUCCUGCUUUACACUCCUGCUGCCACACACACACUAGAUACACACACGCACGCACACACACGCAUGCACACACACACACACACACACACACACACACACACACACACACACACACACACACACACACACACACACACACACACACACACACACACA